GAGACGCGGGACACUUUACACAGAGACCACUCCACACGCACACGGUGUAUCCCAGCUGCACGCACAGAGGAGCGGGGAAGUUCGCAGAGAUGCAGUCGGUGUUCCAGCACCUCGUCAGCCUGCUGCUCGUCUGCAGCAGCCUGCACCUCCACCAGCUGACGGAGGGCUGCUCCUGCGCACCAUCGCACCCGCAGGACGCGUUCUGCAACUCCGAGAUAGUGAUUCGUGCAAAAGUUGUGGGCAAGAAGAUCCUGAGAGAUGGACCUUUUGGAACGAUGCGCUACACAGUCAAGCAAAUGAAGAUGUACAAAGGAUUUGACAAAGUCCAGCAUGUGCAGCACAUUUACACGAGCGCCUCUGAGAGUUCGUGCGGCGUCAAGUUUGACAUCAACAAGUACCAGUACCUGAUAACAGGUCGAGUGUACAACGGCAAGGUCUACACCGGCCUGUGCAACUUCAACGAGCAGUGGGACCGCCUCUCAUUGGCUCAGAAGAAGGGGAUCAACCAUCGCUACCAGCUGGGCUGCAGCUGCAGGAUCAAGCCCUGCCGCUACCUGCCUUGCUUUGUGACCUCAAAGAACGAGUGCCUAUGGACGGACAUGCUGUCCCACUUCGGUAAUUCCGGCUAUCAGUCCCGGCACUACGCCUGCAUCCAGCAGAAGGAGGGCUACUGCAGCUGGUACCGGGGCAUGACCUCCCGUGACAAAACCACCAUCAAUGCCACCGACCCCUGAGCCUAAUCGCACCCUGCCUGAAACCCACUGUCGCCUCCCUGACUCCGUCCCUUCCCAGAGUAUUUCAGGAGUCUUAAAGCUCACUGGCCUGGGUGACUGCCCCCCUCAAAGGGCAAAAAAAGAGAGAAAAGAACAAAUCCAUUACAGUGCCUGUUUCGUAGCACUUCUGAUAGAAAACAAUACCUCUUUUGUUUUACAAAUCGCCCUUUCGAACUCUCUAAUGGUUUUCCCACAUGAUACGAUCUGUCUCUUUAGGGUUCAGUUUAAAAAGGCAAAAAGACAGUUGAAGAGCCAAUAACCUCAAUUGGGAUAUACAGAGUGAGAAAUGUACAACCAGCAAUGACGAUUAUGUAUAUUUGAGGUGAAAAGUUGUUGCUACUAAACUGAACCUGCGAUACAAAACACAUCAGAGACCAGAGCCAAGAGUCUCACUGAGAAAACAGAUUUAGGGCCAAUGUGAAAAGUAAGAUCCCUGAAAAUUAUACCUCUUAUUUUGGCUUCAAAACAAUUUUUGAAAACGGUAUUGUUUCACACUGAAGUAUAUUGAUUAUCUUCGGUUUUUUACUGUAACGUGUCUUUACAGAUGAUAGUGUCUGUUUCCCUGAGUGUUUGUGGCGUAACACAUUUUGCAGUUACGUCACAAACAGCAGUCUUUCUGAUGAACACUGAUGAAUAUCAGCAAAAUGCUACAAAAUGUCUGUCUGUUACAGUGGCUACACAGGGAAGAGCUCAUUUCUCGCAGAGAUGGUGAGAUUUUAUUUUUUGCUGUAUAUAACAUAAGCUAAAGAAAUGAACUAUCAGCUCAGCUGAAACCUCUGUAAUACAUUUAUUUAUGUUUAAUGGAAUACACGUUAACCAUGUGGUGUAUCUGCAAAAAAUAUAUAUGAAUAGUGACAGGCCAAAACUACAUUGUGACAACAAUCACGGCCUGGGUUAUCGUCCAGAAUGAAGGACCAGCAUCUGCAAGUUAUAUAUCAUGGUACUUUUAUUGUUUUUAUUUGCUCGAUUUAAGUUCCCCUGACUGGUGGUUCUCUUCACCUAUCCAAUGAAAGUACAGUAUAAGCAGAGGUUUCAGAAGAUGAUUUAUUUUGUAAGUGUAUAUUCAAUCUUUUUGUAUUUAACUAUUUGAAAUGGACAUCAUUCAUAUUAUAUAUAUAUAUUAUAUAUAUAGAUGACAGUAACAAUACUGUCUCUAAAUUCGUUCUUCACCUGUGCCCAUCUUGGGAGUUUUCCCAAAUUUUUCCUGUGCAGUACCUUCAGUCCAUUCCAUUACCAGACACAGAUCUGCCUCAAAGGGAAUAACAACCUGUUCAUCAUGAUGGAUACCACACUCAUGUUGGCUGGUUAGAUUAGCUUACAGUAGUAUAAAGAAAGGAAACCAGUGGCCUGUUUCUGUUCAACAGUGAUAGUAUCUGUCGUGUGGCAUCUUUAGAGCUUGCUUAUUAUCACACUAUAGUCAACUUCAUUUAAGUCGUACAAAUUCCAAUGUGUAAAUGUUGAGAUGAGACAGAAUUAUGUGCUAGCACUGUGACGUGACGCUAUGUUGUUUUUCUUGCAGUUUUGUAAUGUAUUAAUCAGUGAGCUUCAAAGAUGCUUAUGUAUUGUUUAUUUUACAACUUGAAAAGAGCCACACUAGCUGAUUUGUUUCUUGUCUAUGCCAAUCUGAGCUAGCUAGCUUUCAGCUCCAGAUCUAACAGCCAAAUAUGAGGGUGGUAUCAAUCUUCUCAUCUGAGCGAAUAAGUGGAUUUCUCAUAAUGUCAACUACUAAUCCUAGGUCCAUGUAUUCAUAGCCAUUCCAUCUUGACAAGAAUGUUCCAUCCGUUGUUUCGAGUGUACAAAAGACCAUCACAGGAAACUAACACAGUUAGAGGAGGAAGAUCAACUUUUAUCUGAUACUAAAUAAAAAUCCAAUACUGGCCUGUUAUAUAAAUUAAUGUAAAAUAUCUGAUUAGGCUACAUCGGCUACCUUUUUUGAUUUGGCUACUUAAGUAUUGAGCUCUGACAAAAUAUCUCAAAGAAUCUCAACAUUUAAUUCUUAAGCUCAUUUUUUUUCCUUAUUGAAUAAAAUACUCAUCAGCCUCUCUUUGAUAUAGAAUUGAAUAAACCGGUUUUCUUUGGUUUUGAUCAGCUUGUACAACAUUUGACAGUUGUUUUGUCUUUGAGACGUCUCGAGAAAAAAGGAAAGUUGACCUUUGAGGGGAAAACGCUUUACAUCAUUGCACAAUGCAGUUACUUAAUAUGGUGUUUAGGCUGUUUCUCCCACUGUGGUGUAUCUGUGUCGCUAUUUCUGUGGUUCAUGUUUGUGUAAAUAUACUGUCUGCUUAACACAGAAACACUCGGUCAAGUCUGAUCCUUAAAAAAAACAACCCUCAAAUCAUGGAAGCUGUGUACAGUUUGUUUGUAAACACUGAUUCCUGAAGUGUGGGUGGGGGGCGUUCCUUGUAGGGGUUAUAGAAAUGUUUGACUUAAUUUCUGUGUUUUAUAUUUUUAUAAUAAAGAUUUAAUGAAAAAUG